UUUUAUGAUCUUUCCGUCUGAUUUAAGACUCAUUUCUUGGUGUUUUGUCGAAUCAUUUCUACAAAAUUCUUCUUUGCUGUUUGGUUUCAAGAAAGCCGUGGAGAUUGAAAAGGAAAUAGAAAUAUUGAAAUUUUUCUAAAUCUUGAAUCUUUUUGGUCUUUGGAAAAUAUGAGCUGAAUUAACAGUUAUCGAAAGUGAUUUGUGAUAAUUGAAGGAUGGCAACCACAGCUUGUUUUAUAAUUGUGAGCAGGAAUGAUAUCCCUAUAUAUGAAGCUGAAGUUGGAUCUGCUACUAAAAGGGAAGAUGCUGCACAGAUGCAUCAAUUUAUAUUGCAUGCAGCUUUGGAUAUUGUUCAGGAUCUUGCAUGGACCACCAGCGCCAUGUAUUUGAAGGCAAUUGACAGGUUUAAUGAUAUGGUGGUGUCAGUUUAUGUUACAGCUGGUCAUACGAGAUUUAUGCUACUUCAUGACUCUCGCAAUGAUGAUGGAAUCAAGAGCUUUUUCCAGGAGGUUCAUGAGCUGUAUAUAAAGAUUCUUCUCAACCCCCUAUACUUGCCUGGUUCCCGCAUUACAUCUUCGCAUUUUGACACCAAAGUUCGGGCUCUUGCAAGAAAAUACCUAUAGAGGUGGUUGUUUAUAUACUGUAUGAAAGCUAUUGGGCUGAUGGAACGGAGUUAACCUAAAUCGACCCUUUUCAUGUCUUGGCAUUUGAGUAGUUUUAAAAACUUCCCUCGAGUUUUAUUCGUGAUGGUAGAAGAUUAUUGAUUGUGCAAUUUGCUUAACGUGUAUCAGAUGACUCGAUGAGUGCAUGAAACACAAGUAGUAGCCAAAUCUUCUUGAUGAUUUUGUUCAACUUGUCGCUCAAAAUCUCAAUAUUAGCAGUCAAGACAGCGAUCAAAUGAUGUAUUUGUCUAUGUCGAUUCCAGGAUUGGCUUUCAUGGUGGUAUUAAAUGAAGCUUCAUUUUUAUUUUUA